GCGAUCACGCGGGCGCGGCCCCUGCGGGCGGGAGCGUCGGGCUGCCGCAACGCCGGACCGCCCGCCUCCCUGCCGCCGCUGAGAUGAGUGCAGUGUCGGAGCCCCAGGCUGCUCACAGCCCCCUGGAGAAGCCGCCCAGCACGGCCAUCCUGUGCAACACCUGCGGGAACGUGUGCAAGGGUGAGGUGCUGAGGGUCCAGAACAAGUAUUUCCACAUCAAGUGCUUCGUCUGUAAAGCGUGCGGCUGUGACCUGGCCGAGGGCGGCUUCUUCGUGCGGCAGGGCGAGUACAUCUGCACGCGGGACUACCAGAGGCUGUACGGGACCCGCUGCUUCCGCUGCGACCGCUUCAUCGAGGGCGAGGUGGUGUCGGCGCUCGGCAGGACCUACCACCCCGACUGCUUCGUGUGCGCCGCCUGCCGGUUGCCCUUCCCGCCUGGGGACCGAGUGACCUUCAACGGGAAGGAAUGCGUGUGCCAGAAGUGCUUUCUGCCCAAGACAGCGGGCAGCAGUGUGCACCUGUCCCAGGGCCUCUGGAGUUGCGGGGGCUGCGGCUCAGAAAUUAAAAAUGGCCAGUCCCUGGUGGCUUUGGACAAACACUGGCAUUUGGGCUGUUUUAAGUGCGAGGCGUGCGGGAAGCAGCUGGACGCGGAGUACAUCAGCAAGGACGGGCUGCCCUACUGCGAGGCCGACUACCACUCCAAGUUCGGCAUCCGCUGUGACGGCUGCGAGAAGUUCAUCACGGGGCACGUGCUGGAGGCAGGAGAGAAGCACUACCACCCCUCAUGCGCACUAUGCGUCAGGUGCGGCCGGAUGUUUGCGGAAGGCGAGGAGAUGUAUCUUCAAGGUUCCUCCAUAUGGCACCCGGCGUGCCGGCAGGCAGCCAGAACUGAAGACAGAAACAAGAUGCAGAACCAGGCUUCCAAUCAGGGUUCCCUGGGCACCGCCCCCUGUGCCUCACAGGAAACCAGAAGCUCCUCAGAGAGCAUCAUUUCUGUACCUGCGUCCAGCACCUCGGGGUCUCCAAGCCGCGUGAUCUAUGCGAAGCUGGGCGAUGAGAUUCUCGACUACAGGGACCUGGCCGCCCUCCCGAAAAGCAAGGCCAUCUACAACAUCGACCGGCCCGACAUGAUCUCCUACUCGCCCUACAUCAGCCCCUCGGGGGCGGGCAGGCAGAGCUACAGCGAGUCCUCACAGGUCCUCUCACCAACGCCGACAGAGGGGGACCAGGAUGACCGUUCGUACAAGCAGUGCCGGACCUCCAGCCCGAGCUCCACCGGGUCCGUCAGCCUCGGGCGCUACACCCCGACCUCGCGGUCACCCCAGCACUGCAGCCGCCCAGCUGGUACUGUGAGUGUCGGUACCAGUAGCUGCCUGUCCCUGUCCCAACACCCAAGCCCGACAUCCGCGUUCAGACACCAUUACAUCCCCUACUUCCGAGGCAGUGAAAGUGGCCGGAGCACCCCCAGCCUCUCGGUGCUCUCAGACAGCAAGCCUCCCCCCUGCACCUACCAGCAGGCGCCUCGCCACUUCCACGUCCCAGACACUGGCGUAAAAGAUAACAUCUAUAGGAAACCCCCUAUCUACAAACAGCAUGGUCCUAUAGCCCAGUCCCCAGUGUCCAAGCUCUCGGGCCUGAUGUCAGUCUUGUCCCUGGUGGCGCACGAGGCAGGGUGCUCCAAAAGGCUGCAAGGUCCAGGUCCUCCGCAGGCGGCAGCCGCGAGGCGCCCGGACAGAGAGGACGGCAUUUUCGAGCAGGACAACAGGAAGCAGAAAACGAGCUGGCUGAUUCUCAAGGGGGACGCAGACACUCGGACUAAUUCUCCAGACCUAGACAGCCAGUCUUUGUCCCUCAGUAGCGGGACCGAUAGAGACCCUCUCCAGACAAUGCAAGGGGACAACUUUUACUCACGAUUCCCCUAUUCCAAAUCUGACCCUCUCCCAGGACACGGGAAGAAUGGCUUGGACCACCGGAACGCCAAUCUGGCCCCUUGUGGAACAGACCCGGAUGCCAGCUGGGGCACGCGAGAAUACAAGAUCUACCCCUAUGACGCCCUCAUUGUCACAAACCGAAUUCGCGUGAAACUGCCCAGGGAUGUGGACCGGACGCGACUGGAGAGGCACCUGUCGCCCGAGGAGUUCCAGGAAGUGUUUGGGAUGAGCGUGGACGAGUUCGACCGCCUGGCGCUCUGGAAGAGGAACGACCUCAAGAAGAAAGCCCUGUUGUUUUGACGGCCGCCAGCCGCAGGGCGGGGACAGCCGGCGAGAGGCGCAGAACCCCCUCCUUCCGCACCGGGCUCUGGCUUCUCUGUGUCCCCGGGGGCGGGCGGUGGGCCCCCGGCGAGGGCUGGGCAGGAGGGCUGGGGCGGGAGGAGUUUCCAGAGCAGGUGCGGCCUCUAGAUCCCGCCAGCAGCGCCCCUGCCCCAGCCCCGAGCCCAGCCGCCUUGCUUCUCGCUGCUCCUGUAACCGCUGCUGCUUGGCCUCACGGAGGUGCUGCGAAGAUGCUCCAAGGGCUCGAGGGACAUUUAUGUGACCGAGCAGCCCCCCUUCCCGACCCCUGCGUCCGGUGCCCCAACCCGCGUGAUGGGCCCUUGGGGGGCAACACACAGAGGUGCCUGGGACUUGGGGUUCGAGGAGGUCCGUCAAUGACAGACGCUGACACAACACAAUCACGGGUGGAUGGGCACCUGCUCCCCACCCCCUCCCCACCUGCUCGGCCCUGGGGAGGCACAGCCCUGCACGCAGACAGGCCCGGCCCGGCCAGGGAGCGCGGUGCGGAGCCCCCAGGGCUGCUCGCAGCGAAGCGUGGGGUGCAUGCGUUUUGCAGCCGUUUGUGACGAGUCUGUUUUUAGGACGACCGUCCGCCGGACAGGGUACCUUCUGCCGGGGCCCUCCACGCACUGCAUUUUUCUCCCAAAUCACCCCCUAGAUGCCUCAAUGAUAUCUUUAAAGUAACACAGAAGUUUUUAUUUUAUUAAAAAGCAUAGCCUACUUAAAGAUAAGAUGACAUACGUAGAGUUCCAUCGUGCGGUCCGCGGAAGGGGGCGCCGCCAGCCGCACGCCCCGCUGUGCCGACCUGUGUGGUUCCGCUUCUCCGUGCGCUCCGAGCGCACGCGGCUCCUAGUCUGUCUUAUUUUUGCUUUUCUUUUUUCACCUGCCACACAGGUGCCCUUCAGGGCAGCCCUCGGCCAUGCUGUUUGUACGGACGCGUGAUGCAGAGCCACCACUGUUUGCCUGGCUGUUAUUUUCCGCAUCCAGGAGAGGAAACGUUCGCCUCUGAUGGCCAAAGCCCUGGAACAAAGGGUUUCCACGCGCCCAGCCGAGUACCCAGCGUAGCUCCUGGUGUGUCCUUUUGUGACGGGGACAGCGGUGCCCGCCUCAGCCUGGUGCAUGCCCCGGGACCGGCACCGGCCGCUGGGGACGGAGGAGGGGGAUGCCCCUCUUUUCUGACCUGCGAGCUGGGCAGAGGGUCCUGCAGCCUGGCCUGGUCGGGCCCCCCCCCCCCCCCCCGCUGGAAGGCGUCCGAGUUUGUAACCAGGCUCAGGUCAGGGCCUG